AUGCUACUCAGUAGCUCGGCCAGGACGUGGAGGCUGUCAAGGGGCAGGAAGGGCGUCAAGAUGAAGUACGAUGAGCUGGGCCAGGCGUGCACUGGUUCUGGGAAGAAUGUGACAGCGAUGAAAAUCGUCAGCGUUGAUCAGCUCGUGCGCGCGAUUCAGGCGAGAAGCGUGCGCACUAGGUCCUGUCGCCAUGGAUGCAAAGACCUUGCUAGUGAAGAUGCCUCCUUCCCUCGUAUUAAGGACUCUUCGAUAAUCAAAGUCCCACACAGGGCGAGUGAGGACGCCGUGUGUGCUCUCCCCUUCCAGAUUCAUUUGAACCUACGCUCUCGAGCGAUUCCAACAUCGCCUGCCGAGAGACGAGCGUCGUGCUCUUGCCUGAGCAUCGUCGACCCUCGAGCUGCCAAAGGCAGGCCAUUCCCUUCACAAGACCUUUCCUCGCCUUCAAUUGGGCCGUCUAGACAGAUGCUUGCUCAAGGAAGUGGGCUGCGCAAGGCGCAGGCAUUGGGGCAAUGGUUGGAGGGACGUGAAAGUCGGAAGAGGGUCCCAAGGCAGGCGCAUCGCUCGCUUGGCUCGCACGCGUCAGCGUUCAGCUUAGCUGCUGUUGACGCACACUGA